AUGGAGACUGUUCUGCGUGAAGCAUGCGAUAACUGCCAUCGCCGAAAGACUCGCUGCCCAACUGAUGGCGGUGGUCCCUGCACCAACUGUCGAGCCAGUGGUCAGGUCUGCACCUUCAGUCCUCGUAAUCGAACUGGUCGUCCUCGAGUGCGGCCAUCUCGUGCCAAACGCAACCGAGCGAGAACACCGAGUCUUACACAGACGGAUGGGGAUAAUAAUGCAGGAAGCAACAUACCGAUUGUCUUCGAUCCCGUCCCCGGUUGUACCACUCCUAUACCGAGUAUAGUGCUUGGUGGAGCGGAGGGGGUGCAUGCAAGUCUGCCUGAUGAAAGUACCCUUGCAAAUGAUCCCUUAUACAUGCAUUCUCCCUGGGAGAGCUCAUUGGAACCAUUCCCAAUGUCACUCACAGAGCCAUUGAUUCCAUUUGACAACGAGCUCCCAUUUUUCUUGUCUGAAGAAGUUGACUCUCUAUGUAAAAGUCCUUCCCAGAUAACCGACAAUGAAGUCUCGCAACGGGACUUGGCUUUUCUCUCCCCGAACAAAGACCACAGUGUGGCUCGGACAACAUCACCCGCACUUGCCCCCGAAAGGCAUCCUCAGCAAUCAUACAUGGAAGACGGCCCCGAGCGGAAGGAAAAUAGUUUGAUAACCGUAUACGGGCAACUCUCCCAGCUCCUCUUCGCCCUACACCUAGCCCACGACACCUUCUGCCGCGGAGGUAUCAAUGACCGAAACUCAAUCGAACAGAUCUUCUCCACAGUUUCAUCCCUCUGCGAUGUCAUGACUUGGCUCUCGCAAUCGAAAUCCCCUGCAUCCGGCUCGACCUCAUCCCCCUGUCCUCUUCUGAUCAUCUCGAUGGUCAGCACUGUGGUGGACAUAUACCGGCGAGUUUUGGAUGGUCUCCAGCCGUCAAUGGGGCUCAUGCAGCGCCCCUGUUCUUUGGGAUAUGCGCUACCAUCGCCCCCGAUCUCCAUCACGCCUCAAUCAUCGCGGCAGCAGCAGCAGCAGCAGCCCUCUGAUACUCAUACGCGACUGCGAUGUUUAUCCGAUAGCAUCACGAUGGAUUUCCAGCUCGGUCUUUUGGACGGUAUCUUUGACUGGGGGUGUUCGGAAACAAAUAAUGAGAAAGAAGUGCGUCGAAAGCUAGAGGAUGCACGGAAGGAACUUCAGGUGUUCAUGGAAGAGUGGAAGAAAAUGGCAUAG